GUUGGACGCAAAUUUUGGACAACGUUUGACGUAUGGAGUUUGUAAAAACUUUAUUCGAAAAUUAUUAAAUUUACAAGGAUAUUGAUCUCAAGCAUGUUGGUCUACCUUCUGCUGUCCCUCAUCACUAGAGUGACAAGUGAGAUGGAGGGCUUUAUAGUGGGCGGUGAAGAGCCUCGAUUAAGGACUGGCCCUUCAUAGCUUACCUACUAGCGGAGAUGAGCGGCGAGUCAAUAGCGGCCUGCGGAGGGACGCUUAUAAGCUCUCAGACCGUACUUACGGCGGCGCACUGCCUCGAUGACGUCACUAGAACCAAGAAGUAUAUCAGCCAAGUAAAAUACGCUGUCUACAUGGGCCACCGUCUCCACCGCAAAGCCACAAUGCGUCGAGAGAUGCAAGAUUACACAACCCACGAAAACUACGACACUGACGACGUGUACUUCGAUAUUGGUGUCAUGUUCCUGAAUAGGCCUGUGCAGUUUUCGAGCACUAUUAAGAAGGCAUUGCUUAUGACUCGUGAGAUGGGACGGCAUAUGGGUCGAGAGGGUGGGUUGGCGGUAGCUGGUUGGGGAAAAUUUGGGGAAGAGACCGCUGGCAGUGAGUUCCUCAAAACCCUGAAACAAACACUUCUGGAUCAGGAGUUGUGCUACCUCUACAUAAACGAGACUGAGCGAGCGCCUGGAAUCAUCUGCGGCGCCAAGCGAGGACAAGUCAAUUCGACGGAGUAUGCUUUUAGUGGUGACUCCGGUGGCCCGCUGGCGCGGCCACGCGACCAGCGAUUAGCGGGGCUGGUGUCAUGGCGAAUGGAGAGCUUUGGUGUCACAGUGUACACCAGUGUUCCCUAUUUCUACGAUUGGAUAGAGGCCACACAGUUCAGUUUGUUCAGGAAGAAUUGUCCUAAGCGCGGGUAGGGGGGAAUACUUCAGUGAGAUUCGAACGUAUCAGAUAAAUAAAGAAAUUAAAU